AUGAUCUCAUUUCCUCCAUUUUCCCACAGUCAAAUGCAACGAGCGAACAGCUUCAGAAAUCGACAGUUUGUGAUUGUCAGGUUAACUCACACUAUCUCCGUUCGUAUAUUCUCUCUCUCUCUCUCCCUCUCUCUCUCUCUCUCUCUCCAAUUAUUUUUGAUACGCACUCUACUUAUAUAUCUUAUUCGGUUCAUUAUCUAUCUAUCUAUCUAUCUAUCUAUCUAUCUAUCUAUCUAUCUCUAUAUAUAUAUAUCAGCCUGUUCAUAUCUAUCUAUCUAUCUAUCUAUCUAUCUAUCUAUCUAUCUAUCUAUCUAUCUAUGUUUUCUCUUUCUUUCUUUUUUGUAUCUUCUUUCCACUUUUUAUUUCUUUCUGCCUUUAUUUCUUCUUAAAUGUUUCUCUUUGUUUCUUCCUUUCUUUUUUCUUCCUUUGUCUGUUCCUUCCAUUGUCUUCUUUCUUUCGUUCUUUCUUUAUUUCUUUGUCUGUUCCAUCCAUUUUUACUUCUUUCUCUGUUUAUUCCUUAUUAAAUUUUCUCUUUCUUUCUUUUUCUAUUUCUUCCAUUGUUUUCUUUAUUUAUUUAUUUAUUUCCUUCUUUCCUUUUUUUUGCUGUUCCUUCCAUUUUUCUUCUUUCUCUCUUUAUUCCUUACUAACCUUUCUCUUCUUUUUUCUUUCUUUCUUUUUUCUCCCUUUUGUCUAUUUUUCCAUUGUUUUUUCUUUCUUUCUUUCUUUCUUUCUUUCUUUCUUUCUUUCUUUCUUUCUUUCUUUGUCUGUUCCUUCCAUUGUUUUCUUUCUUUCCUUCUUUCUUUUUUCUUUCUUUCUUUCUUUGUCUCGUCCUUCCAUUUUUCUUAUUUCGCUCUGUAUUACUUACUAAAUUUUCUUUUUCUUUCUUUCUUUCUUUCUUUUUCUUUCUUUCUUUUAUCUUUCUUUCUUUCUUUUCUCUUUCUUUCUUUCUUUCUUUCAGUUGCAAAAGAGACUGCUUGUAAAGACUUUUUCUAUCUAUCUAUCUAUCUAUCUAUCUAUCUAUCUAUUUAUCUAUCUAUCUUUUUCUACUGCAAGGGCUACAAAGGAUCCUUUCAAUGUGUCUAUCCUUUCAAUGUGGCUAUCCUUUCAAUGUGUCUAUUCUUUCAAUGUGUCUAUCCUUUCAAUGUGGUGCCUAUUCUUUUAAUGUGUCUAUCCUUUCAAUGUGCUAUCUAUUUCAAUGUGUCUAUUCUUUCAAUGUGUCUAUCCUUUCAAUGUGUCUAUCCUUUCAAUGUGUCUAUUUUUUCAAUGUGUCUAUUCCUUUCAAUGACUUUAAUUGUCUAUCCUUUCAAUGUGCCUAUUCUUUUUAAUUAUUCAAUGUUUUCUUUUGUGUCUAUCCUUUCAAUGUGUCUAUCCUUUCAAUACUUUUAA